AUGCAGCAUAAAUACGACGUGAUCCGAGGGGUAAAGAAGUAUCUAAAAGUAGGGGUUGAACCUCCGAGUUUGAGGAGUGCACCACGUCUUAUCAUGCGUAGUAGGUCGACGAUCAGUGAUGGACAACCGUAUGAAUUUGAUAUCGGUCGUUUUUCGCCAGGCAGCGCGAGCAGUAGUUUUUACAGUAUGCAGGAGGAAAGGGCGCCGAAGAGGCGAUCUAGCGAGAAGUUUACUCUGCGUGCAUUCCUUUUCGUGAAAGGUGAUAAAAAAUUUGGAAAUAUUGUAUGCGACUGUGCUACGUCUAGUAAAGCUGUUAAAGGGCUGAGAGAAGGAGAUGUUUUGCAUGUUAAUCCACUGGAUGAAGGGCGAAGUUUUUAUAUUAAGCAUACCACUGAAGAUCAUGAUGCUGGAACUUACCGGGAACAUAGGAUCUACAUUGAAAAGUCUAUCGCCAAUUAUUUUGGAGUACCGCAAAAUUCAGUUGUCGAAGUUUCUAUAGUUGAUAGAAGAGAUGUUGCGUUGGACAGCAUUGAACUGUCGUUCAAGGAGCGUUAUAUGAGUAGGGCCGAUAUGUGGCGUUAUCGUAAUUGCUUAGUUGACAACUGCCUUUUUAAAAAUAAAAAGUUGGAAUGGUUAGGGGUCCCAACAACUGUCACUGAUCAGUGGUUUAAGGGAGAAAUGGUCGAAAGUGGAUAUGUAUCAGAAGAUACUCGUGUAGUCUUCAGAUCUUCUAGUUCAUUAGUAAGUGUAUAUGUUCAAAUAAGUUCGGAAAUGUGGGAUAUGGACGUUUACGGCGAUUUAUAUUUUGAAAAAUGUGUGAACGGUUUUCUUCCUGAAUUGUUUGAACGUUGGAAACAUUACCAUUGUGCGCAUUAUGUUUCAUUUAUAGUAUGUUCAAGGUGGUAUGUUACUGAGGAGUUACUGACCGAACACAUGAAAACAAGCUUCUCCAAAGAUCACCGAAACAGAUAUUAUAAGGACUUCUAUCGCUUGCUUGUACAAAAUGAACACUAUGACGACUGGAGGCCGGUCCUCUCAAAGUUACUGAACAUAAGAAAGACAGAUUUGGCUUUGAAUGUGAGAAGAUAUUCCGGUGGUAAAUUUUAUACACUUUUACGCGGCAGCAGUGAUAGCAAAGUGUGUAGGGAACAGAGUGGAAAUGAACAUCACGAAAAGAAGAUUAACGGGGUAGCUUCUAAAUAUAGUGUUUCUCAUGUUCUAGUUCUUUUAGAUUUUGUUGAUUCUUGGCGUCUUUCAGCUCUAGAUCUUUCCAAUCGUACGCUGUUGAAUUUAGCUCUGAAUGAAACAAUUUUAAGUAUGCUAUCAUUUCUCGUGAAGCAAGAAUGUUCGGGGUCUGCACCACUGGCUCAGAUCUCAACAGCGGCGGAUGGAAAUUUUCUUCAGCUUCUGAAUCUUUGUAUGAAUUCUUUCGAGAUGUAUUAUAAGGAUCGUAGAUUUGAGACUACAGGAAGACAGAUAAUUUAUGUAACUGCUGGUGGUGGUGUUUUCAAUGUUGAUCGUUUGAUGGUUAAUUUCACGAAACAGCGUCUGAUAGACAUGGGGAUUUCAUUAGAUAUAAUUUCACUUGGCGAACAACCCUUACAUGUUGUUCCGCUGUUCGUUUUUCAGAGUUUGAAAGAGGAAAUCCGCGUAUUCUUAAAAAGUUUUUUAAGUUUUGGUUUACCCGGUGUGUGCGGUUUUUAUGAAGACUACUUCAUACCUCAUUGGAUGAAUUAUUCCUAUUACCAAAUCAAUCGGAAGUCUGCCGUAUCAGUGAAGUUUAAACCUAGAAUAACAAUGCCGGAUAGGCUUUUAAAUGACUUGAAGUCUGGUGUUGUGAUGGAAACGACCGACAAAGCCGUAAAAGAUUUUGAAGAACAUGAUCAGCUUGCUUUUGCUUCUCUAAUUGAGGGAGCACCAACUAAAGCCGUAUUUCCCAAGGAAGAUACGGAAGAAAAUCACAAUAAGUUUAGUGGAUGUAGUGGAACGUCGCCUAAAGCUCCAGUUUUUGAAAGCGAAAGGGCCGUGUAUGGGUCGCAUAAUCCGAGGAUGGUCCAGAAUGAUUUCCAAGGCCGUCAGAAAGAAAUAGCUUUAAGAGCUGGAUCUCUAGAAUCGAUUCAAGAUCGAGUUGCAAGGAGUGGUGUCACGAGCGUUAUGCGCUCUUUAAUCAACCCUUUCAAGCCUGAAGAGUUUAGCGGUACGUUAUUUUCUAAUGGAGUGAAUCGUGGGAUAGUCGGAAGAAUAUUUAUUAUUUUUUUUGCAGUUAGGAUAAGUGCUAAUCGAAGGCGGUGGAUUCAUGUAUUUCCUGUUGACAAACUUGGCAGAGCAAAACUUUCCCAUCAUUACGUUGCCGGAAAAAGCAUCGUACAUGUGGAACAAAUUGAAGAGCCGUCAGUCAAUGGAAAAAAUGCAGUUGGAGGGUUUGUUGACAUAGCCACUCAGAAGCCUAUAACUCCCCAGCACAGCCCGGUAGACUUAUUUAUAGCCAACAGUUCAUAUUCUUAUAGAGUUCCUGGACAGGGCGCUGGUGGCAAAAAAUUUGUUUGGGCGUGGGGGUCGACAGGGGAGGAAAAAUGGGAUCCAAAUGUUGAAAUUGGUAUUGAUUGGAAGUCGCUCGUACGGUCUGGCCUUCUUCCUUUGACAACGGAUUUCUUUCCUGAUGGGCGUAGCCUACAGAUGGACUACGUAAUCAAAGAACAUCAGUUGCCAGUGGAGCCAGAAACAGUUCGAGAGUGGUUUUCUGAGAGUCGUAAAAACAUCAGUGUGGAGGAAUUACGCUCAUUUGUUUUUGAUCAGUUGAUAUGUCAACGUUUACAACGUGGCUUUCAAAUUAUUCUUUUGAAGAAGAAAAUAAUUCAUUCAGCAAUAGAUGCAUCUGUCAAUUCAGAAAUGGUAUGCAAAGACAUUCAUUUCUACAAGCCCAGAAAUGCAAAAGAACGGUCUCGAGAAUGUUUUCUGUCUUUUAGCAGUACUUAUCACCAUCUCUAUCUAGAGGGCGACAUCAUUACUGUAGCACAGUAUACACCGAAAACUGCUCAAUUUGAUGAACAGAGUCCAGACUUGGAAAGAAGAACAUAUGACUAUUGCUUUCAAGUACCGGAUAUAAACGAUUAUGAUUGCAAUAGUGUUGUGUAA